CUUAUAAAGCACUGACGGCACGCUAUAACUUGAAGCUCUCGGAAGCUGGCUCGUUCUAUCUUAUUUGUAAACCCUCACUCCGAAUACCCGCCACGUACUGCUCAGGCAUGCUUCAGUCAGAUGCCAGAAGUCCGGAUGCUCAGGCUGCGGCAGCCUCUCCGCGUAGGCAUGAAUCAUUAUACCUUGAAGACGGAAAUGUCAUCUUUCAGGUGGAGGAUGUUCUCUUCAACGUACACCGUUACUUCUUCCAGCGUUACUCGCAAAGCUUCUAUGGCAUGUUCUUGUGCAAGCCUACCGAGGGCGUGCCCCAAGAAGGGAGCUCCGACGAUGCGCCCAUCGUGCUCGAGCAGACCAGUGCAGUAGACUUCGCACGACUACUCCGUGUAUUCUAUCCAGACUCAUUCGUCAAGUGGCAGCUAGGGACCACGGAGGAGUGGACAUCCGUCCUGCGCCUUGCUCAUAGAUGGCAGUUCGACAAUAUCGUAGCGCUCGUGGGCGAUUGGCUGCCUACUACCGCCACGCCUGUUGAACAAAUCGCUCUCGCGCGGGAGUUCCAUCUGCCGAACAUCGUAGGGCCUGCGGGUGUACAGCUGUGCGCUCGUGCUGAGCCGCUGUCUCUCGACGAGACGCGACAGCUAGGUGUCGAUGCCGCCCACGUCAUAUGGCUACUGCGCGAGAAUUACCGGAUGAACUGGCGAAACAUGGAGGUGAGAAUGCAAGACGCUGCGAAGGUCGAGGAGGCCUUUGAAUCGUUGGAUCGACCGGACGUCUAGCGUAAACCGACCUGGCGAUGAGAAGAGGGUGUGCGCUGUGACUAUCGAUAGGAUGGUUCUCAGCAGCUGACCCGUUUCGUACGUAAACUCUACGUAUUCCCCUAUCCAUAGGUGAUAGAGCGGUGAAGAUUCGCACCAUUGCCAGCGAUAGGAGGUCCACUGAACCGCAAGUCGUAAUCUCACUGCCACGUUCCUCGAAAAGCGA